AAUGAAUAGGAAUGGUGCGUAUCUCUCCAAAGGGCACUAAAGCUGACGCACGACUCUGACUGCGGUGAAGAUGACUUGGAUGCGAAUCUAAAGCUCUAACAAGUUGCUCAGAGUCAUUCACUGCGGGUGCUGAAAGGAGAGAUGAAAAGCAGCAACGUGCGUGCGUUGUCACUCCUCUUUCCAUCAUUUGCUGCCCACGGUGAAUAGCGGCGCGGCUGCUGCUGCGCACAAACACACAGACCGCCGCGUGCGCUCCCUCCAAACCACACGUUUUCAUCUCUAUCUCGUUCAUUCCGGUUCCAGUGACCAACCGGGGGUGACAGAACACGGCUCUGUGAACAUCACCAUUCAGCAAUGCCUUAUAACGAGCAUUAGUGGCAGUAGGAGAAAUGUGGGGCUGACAGGAGCUAUGGUCAAGCUGCUGCGCUAGGCUAGGGGCGAAGAAGGCGGAAUGAAAACAGGUUGCGGGGCUUUCUCUCAGUGAAGUGGAUUGUUAAAUGUUCCUUUCUCUUCCUUUGACGAACAUGCUUUAUUUUCAGUUGGUGAUCAUGGCGGGGACGGUCAUGCUGGCAUACUACUUCGAGUACACGGACACGUUUAACGUGCACGUCCAAGGAUUCUUCUGCUAUGACAAUGCCUACGCGAAGCCGUACCUCGGACCGGAGGAGUCCAGCGCGAUCCCUCCCGCUCUACUGUAUGCGCUCGUGGCAGGGGUCCCAACACUUGUGAUCAUGAUCUCAGAGACCGUCCUGUUCUUGAUACAAUACUCGUCCAAAGAGCUGGACAGUCAGGAGAAGACCAUGCUGACAGGAGACUGCUGCUACCUCAACCCUCUGGUGCGCAGGACCUUUCGCUUUCUGGGAGUGUACACGUUCGGGCUGUUCACUGUGGACAUCUUUGUAAACGCGGGCCAGGUGGUGACGGGCAACCUGUCCCCCCACUUCCUGACGGUGUGUAAGCCCAACUUCACGGCCCUGGGCUGCCAGCACGCCCUGCGCUACAUCAGCCACCAAGAGGCCUGCACCGGGAACCAGGAGGAUAUCCUGCGUGCACGUAAAACCUUCCCCUCCAAAGAGGCUGCUCUCAGCGUCUACGCAGCUCUCUAUCUCGCGAGUUACAUCACGUGCACGGUGAAAGCCAAAGGGACGCGGCUAGCCAAGCCUGUGCUGUCCCUGGGUCUGAUGUGUCUGGCCUUCCUCACAGGACUCAACAGAGUGGCUGAGUAUCGGAACCACUGGUCUGAUGUCAUCGCUGGCUUCAUCAUAGGAGUGGCCAUUGCUACCUUCCUGGUGGUGUGUGUGGUGCAUAACUUCAAAGGCAAGCUGUUGCUCAGUGAAGACCCCCCGCAGGACAACAUGCCUAAUGCUCCCAUGAUGAACAUGUCCAGAGUGGAGAGCCCACUGGAGAAGUACAUCGCCUCGCAGAUCUGGGCAGGAGCGGACAGGGGUUAUAUGGCAGUUGAACCACAUUAUCAAGAAUCACAUCACCUUCGCUGAAGUCACAUGACGUUGAAUCGGCCGUUUUGCAAACCCAUUGGACAUCAACGCUCUUCACCGUCCAAUCAAAAAUGUAAUAGUCGGGGUGCAACGCUAACUCAUUAUGUACGGCUACUGUAAAGGUCUGUCUGUGUUGUUGUCUUGUCGGUCCCUGUAUCCUAUCCUAUGCCGCAGUCGUGUAAAAACUCCUCAAUAGCUUGAUGGGAAGCUCUUUGCUGUGUUUCUCCAUGUGUUUGCUGCAUUUAUUUAAUCUAUUUUUGGACUUAAUCCCUAAAUGAGGAAAAUUGACCUGAUUCAACUUGAAUUAACUCGACUUGUCAUUAUAAGCAGAAAUGCUGACACGCUGUGACCCAGAUGCCACUUUAUACUGUAGAAGAGAGGACUUCAUCGUGGAAGGGACUGAUCCAUUUUUCCACAAUGUUGGUCGGAUACAUUCUUAUUCAUUCUGCCAUCGCUCCAUGUAAAUUAUAUUUCAUCAUUGGACUCUAUUUUGUGUACAAUAAGCAUUGUUACAUUAUCAGUAUCCUAAAUAAUGGGAAGAUCGGGAGCAUUCUUUUUCUCAAAGGUAGCCUACUGUAUGUUGUGUUGAAUUUGUAGAUGUGUAGAUUCAAAAAUGGCCCUGUUGCCACAUACAGGGACAUAUAUUUCAACCCCAGAUUAUGAUAAAUGUAAACCAAUGAUGUUGGUUAGACUUUGAUUCAUGUUGCUUCACUUUUAUUCAUGUUGCUUCAUGUGGCAGUUCCUAAAGCUGAAACGCCAUCGCUUGGAGCUCGAAGAGGGGUUGGUUGUCAUCUGUGUGUCAGCGUGUGUGUCUCUCUCUCUCUCUCUCUCGUGGAAGGGAUACAGUGAAAGGAGUACAAUGUCGCUAAUCGUUUAGUAAUUACUUUAAGUCUAUUGUUGAUACAUAUGAACGCAUGUGACAGGGAACUGUGUCACUGUCUCACAGGCCAAUAUUGAGAUUUGUUGUGUUAUGGUGAAACGUCAUUGUCUUACUAUGAUUCUCUCAGAUAUAAAUGUAUGUAACUGAGGUGCAACAAUACCACAUCUGUCACUGGUGAAAUUUGAAAAGGGUCUUUCGACCUAAGACACCUCAGAGUAUGCAGAAAAAAACGCUGCACUUUGGGAUGCAAGCUGCAAUUCGAUCGACCAACCCCUGUCGAUGCGAAAAUAGUUUUAAGAGGAGCAAUAACAUUCAUUUUGUGACGGUUUUGCCCAUGAGUAGAGAAGAGCAGAGCAUAAUAUUGAUGUCCCCAUUAUGUUGCCCCUGAAAUCUAUAUUUUUGUAAUGAUCACUAAAGCACUUAACUAUCAUAAAGGACACAACAACACAGGAACAUGAUAACAGCACCACUUUAAAAUCAAGCUUGACUCAAAAACGCAGGCAAGAUGGCCGCCCAUACCGCUGCUGCUUGGAAAAUAUACAUAAUUAUGUCUAGAACAUUCAGGAUUUGUAAAAUCUGCUAACAUGUGCAUCGCAAGACCUAACAGUUAGUGUUAUUAUAUUAAAAUGAUGGAAAAAGUGAACUGUAUAAAAUGUACACAUACUGUAGGUCAAUAUCCUUCUGUCAGACAUUAUGGCUGUCUAUUUUCUUAUGCUUGUGCACUUUAUGUAUGUGUGUGUUUGUUCACAAAAAGUACAGUACAUGUGUUAAUGGACUAGUAUUACUUUAACAUAGCUAUACCAUGUUAUACAAGUACACAUGACUAUGUUCCGAUUUUUUUGUACUCUGACUUUAAUAUUUCCUCUAUUUAUGUUGUAUUACAACCUCUACUGCAUACUCAUACAUUUGGUUACACUACAUACUCAUACAUUUGGUUACACUGCAUACUCAUACAUUUGGUUACACUGCAUACUCAUACAUUUGGUUACACUACAUACUCAUACAUUUGGUUACACUGCAUACUCAUACAUUUGGUUACACUCUAUACUCAUACAUUUGGUUACACCGCAUACUCAUACAUUUGGUUACACCGCAUACUCAUACAUUUGGUUACACCGCAUACUCAUACAUUUGGUUACACUGCAUACUCAUACAUUUGGUUACACUACAUACUCAUACAUUUGGUUACACUACAUACUCAUACAUUUGGUUACACUGCAUACUCAUAUAUUUGGUUACACUGCAUACUCAUACAUUUGGUUACACUGCAUACUCAUACAUUUGGUUACACUGCAUACUCAUACAUUUGGUUACACUGCAUACUCAUACAUUUGGUUACACUACAUACUCAUACAUUUGGUUACACUGCAUACUCAUAUAUUUGGUUACACUGCAUACUCAUACAUUUGGUUACACUACAUACUCAUACAUUUGGUUACACUGCAUACUCAUACAUUUGGUUACACUACAUACUCAUACAUUUGGUUACACUACAUACUCAUACAUUUGGUUACACUACAUACUCAUACAUUUGGUUACACUACAUACUCAUACAUUUGGUUACACUACAUACUCAUACAUUUGGUUACACUACAUACUCAUACAUUUGGUUACACUACAUACUCAUACAUUUGGUUACACUACAUACUCAUACAUUUGGUUAUACUACAUACCUUUUUGUUAAACUACACAUUCAUACAUUUUUGUUAAACUACACAUCCAUACAUUUUUGUUAAACUACAUAUUCAUACCUUUUUGUUAAACUACACAUUCAUACAUUUUUGUUAAACUACACAUUCAUACCUUUUUGUUAAACUACACAUUCAUACUGUUUUGUUAAACUACACAUUCAUACCUUUUUGUUAAACUACACAUUCAUUCAUUUUUGUUAAACUACACAUUCAUACCUUUUUGUUAAACUACACAUUCAUACCUUUUUGUUAAACUACACAUUCAUACCUUUUUGUCAAACUACACAUCCAUACAUUUUUGUUAAACUACACAUCCAUACCUUUUUGUUAAACUACACAUUCAUACCUUUUGGUUAAACUUUUGGUCCAUAGACAAGACUUUCAUGCAACCUAGCUACUGAUCUUUUUUUAAAGGACCGUUUUUUCUUCUUGUUCUUCCCUGGUUUGAAGUCAGACUGUUACAUUGUCAUUAUUUAGCAUAGUGAAUCAUUUUGUAUGGAUGUUGUUGAUAUUCUGGUCACCCAGUUGUUUUACCAAACUUCUAUUUCAUUCCUUUGUCUUUUUAUCAUGACCUUUUACACUGUAGACAAAAUUCAAUUUACAGUCUUGGAAUAAAAAAGAAUUAUAUCAAGA